AUGGCGUCACCAAAUUCCCAUCUCGAGCACGCGGUGAAGCCCAAUGCUCUCAGAUCAUACCUCGUCGAAUUCAUCUCCACCUUCCUCUUCGUCUUUGCUGCAGUUGGCUCCACCAUGUCUUCUGGGAGGAGGAUGCUGAAUACUGCAACAGAUCUAUCUGCGCUUGUAGCGGUUGUAGUAGCAAAUGGGUUCCCAUUGUCGGUGACGGUUCAUGCAAUGGCUAAUAUCUCUAGCGGCCAAGUGAACCCAGCGGCCACAUUCGGGAUGGCAAUUAGCAGUCACAUUAGUGUUCCAAUGGCUAUUUUAUACUCGAUUUCACAGUUGGUUGGGUCUGUAAUGGCUUGUCUUUUCUUAAAAGUUAUCACCAUCGCACAGCAUGUACCUCUCCGUAGAAUGCCACAAGAAAUGACUGGGUUCGGAGCAUCCAUUUUGGAAGGGCUGAUGACAUUUGGUUUGGUCUACACAAUCUAUGUAGUCAGGGACCCAAGACGUGGUCCAUUGGGAGCAAUUGGACCCUUAGGAAUCGGAGAGCCAAUCGUCACUAUUGUAGGAGCCAAUGUAUUAGCAUCCGGGCCAUUUGCGGACGGGUCAAUGAACUUGACUUACUCGUUCGGGUGUGCUCUUGUUGGAGCGAGUUUCAAGAACCAUAUAGUCUAUUGGGUCGGACCUUUGAUCAGUGCUGCUCUUGCUAGUAUCCUAUAUAAUAAUGUGGUCUUUUCGGUCCAA